UUGGUUCGCUGUCGAUCCAGCAGCGGGGUACAAAUUGGUUGGGCAGACGAUUGUGCCUUUCAUUCAUUCUUUCUCUGCCGUUUGACGCUAAUCAAUCGAAUAUACUACAAGAUGUCUGGACGUGGUAAAGGAGGCAAGGCACGCGCCAAGGCCAAGAGCCGCUCUUCCCGUGCGGGUCUCCAGUUCCCGGUUGGCCGAGUUCAUCGCUUCUUGCGCAAGGGAAACUAUGCCCAGCGCGUGGGUGCCGGCGCGCCGGUGUACCUGGCGGCGGUGCUGGAGUACCUGACGGCCGAGAUCCUUGAGCUGGCUGGCAACGCUGCUCGCGACAACAAGAAGACCAGAAUCAUCCCCCGCCACCUUCAGCUGGCCGUCCGUAACGACGAGGAGUUGAACAAGCUGCUGUCCGGCGUCACCAUUGCUCAGGGCGGCGUUCUCCCCAACAUCCACGCCGUACUUCUCCCCAAGAAGACCAGCAAGGCUCAGUAACUUCCAGACGGAGACCCACAUCCCGCAACCCCGGCCCUUUUCAGGGCCACCCACAUCCUCUCGAAGGAACUGU